AUGUUUCUUAAUGUCGCUAUCGCGGGACACCUCGUUGAUGAACCUUAUUACCAUGGCCGCUCCGACUCAUACCGCGUCGCCACCGUCGCGCCCGUUAAGGACGAUAAUAGAACUGCCGAUGGACAGUACAAGACUCGCCGGAAACCCCCCGCGAAGAAACGGAAACCAGGAGAUUUAGACGACCUUAAGCAGGAAUUGGAUAUCGACUAUCAUAAAGUAACGCCCGAGGAACUUUACCAAAGAUUUCAAACACACCCGGAAAAUGGCCUUAGUCAUGCGAAAGCAAAGGAGAAUCUGGAGAGAGACGGCCCCAAUGCCCUCACCCCGCCAAAACAAACUCCCGAGUGGGUGAAGUUUUGUAAAAAUCUAUUCGGCGGUUUCGCGUUACUUCUGUGGAUUGGUGCUAUUCUGUGCUUUAUCGCAUACGGAAUUCAGGCGAGUACCGUUGAGGAACCUGCGGACGACAACUUGUACCUUGGCAUUGUACUGGCGGCUGUGGUAAUUGUUACGGGCAUCUUCUCUUACUAUCAGGAAAGCAAGUCCUCCAAGAUCAUGGAAUCGUUCAAGAACAUGGUGCCCCAAUUCGCUACCGUCAUCCGCGAAGGUGAAAAGCUUACCCUCCGCGCCGAGGACCUGGUACUUGGUGACAUUGUUGAGGUGAAAUUCGGUGAUCGAAUCCCGGCCGAUAUCCGUAUCAUUGAGUCCCGCGGUUUCAAAGUUGACAACUCGAGUUUGACCGGCGAAUCGGAACCCCAGUCCCGCGGCCCCGAGUUCACCAACGAGAACCCACUGGAAACCAAGAACCUGGCCUUCUUCUCCACCAACGCUGUCGAGGGCACCGCCAAGGGUAUCGUCAUCUGCUGCGGUGACAACACGGUCAUGGGACGUAUCGCCGGCCUGGCUUCCGGUCUGGACACUGGAGAGACCCCUAUCGCCAAGGAAAUCCACCACUUCAUCCACUUGAUCACCGGUGUCGCCGUGUUCCUCGGAGUUACCUUCUUCGUCAUCGCCUUCAUUCUCGGCUACCACUGGCUCGACGCUGUCAUUUUCCUUAUUGGCAUCAUCGUAGCCAACGUACCUGAAGGUCUGCUCGCCACUGUAACUGUGUGUUUGACGCUGACGGCUAAGAGGAUGGCCUCAAAGAACUGCCUGGUGAAGAACUUGGAAGCCGUGGAGACCCUCGGAUCCACCUCUACCAUCUGCUCGGACAAGACCGGUACCCUGACCCAGAACAGGAUGACAGUCGCCCACAUGUGGUUCGACAACCAGAUCAUCGAGGCCGACACUACUGAGGACCAGUCUGGAGUUCAAUAUGACCGCACUAGCCCCGGAUUCAAGGCUCUCGCCAAGAUCGCGACCCUCUGCAACCGCGCCGAGAAGCGCAACAAGAAAGUGUGCGAGAUCCCCUUCAACUCGACCAACAAGUACCAGGUGUCCAUCCACGAGAGCGACGACCCCAGCGACCCGCGCCACCUCCUCGUGAUGAAGGGCGCACCCGAGAGGAUCCUUGAACGCUGCAGCACUAUCUUCAUUGGCGGCAAGGAGAAGGUCCUGGACGAGGAGAUGAAGGAGGCGUUCAACAACGCUUACCUGGAGCUGGGCGGGCUCGGCGAGCGAGUGCUCGGCUUCUGCGACCUUCAGCUGCCCUCCGACAAGUACCCGAUCGGCUACAAAUUCAACACCGACGACCCCAACUUCCCCCUGGACAACCUCCGCUUCGUCGGCCUGAUGAGCAUGAUCGACCCGCCCCGCGCUGCCGUGCCCGACGCCGUCGCUAAGUGCCGCUCCGCCGGUAUCAAGGUGAUCAUGGUGACAGGUGACCACCCCAUCACCGCCAAGGCCAUCGCCAAGUCGGUAGGCAUCAUCUCCGAGGGCAACGAGACCGUCGAGGACAUCGCCGCCCGCCUCAACAUCCCCGUUUCGGAAGUGAACCCGCGCGAAGCCAAGGCCGCCGUCGUCCACGGAACCGAGCUGAGGGAGCUGAACUCCGAUCAGCUCGACGAGAUCCUCAAGUUCCACACGGAGAUUGUGUUUGCGCGCACCUCGCCUCAGCAGAAGCUGAUCAUCGUUGAGGGUUGCCAGCGUCUGGGCGCCAUUGUGGCGGUCACUGGCGAUGGUGUCAACGACUCCCCCGCCCUGAAGAAGGCUGACAUCGGUGUUGCCAUGGGCAUCGCCGGCUCCGACGUGUCGAAACAGGCUGCCGACAUGAUCCUACUCGACGACAACUUCGCCUCCAUCGUGACUGGCGUGGAGGAGGGCCGAUUGAUCUUCGACAACCUCAAGAAGUCCAUCGCCUACACCCUGACCUCGAACAUUCCCGAAAUCUCGCCCUUCCUCGCGUUCAUCCUCUGCGACAUUCCCUUGCCUCUCGGCACCGUUACCAUCCUCUGCAUCGACCUUGGAACCGACAUGGUGCCCGCCAUUUCCCUGGCUUACGAGGAGGCCGAAUCUGACAUUAUGAAGCGACAGCCGCGUAAUCCUUUCACAGAUAAACUCGUUAACGAGAGGCUGAUCUCGAUGGCGUACGGCCAGAUCGGAAUGAUCCAGGCGGCGGCCGGUUUCUUCGUGUACUUCGUGAUAAUGGCCGAGAACGGAUUCCUGCCCAUGAAGCUCUUCGGCAUCAGGAAACAGUGGGACUCGAAGGCCAUCAACGACCUGACCGACUCCUACGGACAGGAAUGGACGUACCGCGACCGCAAGGCCCUGGAGUUCACCUGCCACACCGCCUUCUUCGUGUCCAUCGUCGUGGUGCAGUGGGCUGACCUGAUCAUCUGCAAGACGCGCCGCAACUCGAUCGUCCACCAGGGCAUGCGCAACUGGGCCUUGAAUUUCGGCCUCGUGUUCGAGACCGCGCUCGCCGCCUUCCUGUCCUACACCCCCGGCAUGGACAAGGGUCUGCGGAUGUAUCCCCUCAAGUUCGUGUGGUGGCUGCCCGCCAUCCCGUUCAUGCUGUCGAUCUUCAUCUACGACGAGAUCCGGCGCUUCUACCUGCGCCGCAACCCCGGCGGCUGGCUCGAGCAGGAGACCUACUAC